UCACGAAUUGAAAGAGAAAUCAGAAUUAAAAAAUAAAAUGAGGUUAUUCGGUUACAUAGAAGAAAACUCAACCGAUUAUGAUUAUUUUUAUCUAGCUAAUAUGAUCAUAAAUCUAUCUGAAUGUCCAACUCAAAACCAGAGAAGAAAAAAAAGUUAAUUUUCAUGAAAAGAGAAACCAUUAAGACAAAUGGAAAUUCCGAUUAAAUUUCCGCUUUUUAAUGAGAUUUUAAGAAUGUCUGGUUUGAAAACUAUUUAAAUUGAAACACGUUCGGAGAAAAUCUUCAUUCGCUAAACAGUCUCUGAGCAGUACACGAAGUUUUUUGUUCAUAGCUGAACAACAUAUAGCGGCUCUUCAGCGACUGUGAAAAUUUUACAAGGCAUCAAUAUGGUUAAAAUCACGACAGGUUUUAUCGACGUCUACACGACAGCACCAAAAUAUGCCGACAACAUGCAAAGAUUUAUAAAUGGUCGCGAUAGAAAAGAAGUCAAAGAAAUCCCGUUCAUAUCCGACAGCAGCGAUUCUGAGACGUCAUACUUUGGCGACAGUAGUGACGAAGAGACGACGUCAGUUAAUGGACAGAGCAAAACCGACAGAAAUAAUAAUAAUAAUAACGAAAUAAAUAAAAAAAUGACGAGAAGACAAAUAAGUUGCUUGGAGCCUGGUACUAACAAAAUAAACAUGCUGUUUUCACCCAAACUUUCACGUAAACAAAUAUCCUCAAGUGCGCUCGAUCUUUCUCGUUCGAAACCGAUCGCAAAGAAACAUCAAAAAUCAUACACUGCAGACGAUGCAUCAAAAUUACGACUACCGUUACAACAACAACGCAGUGGAUCACAAAGCGAUCUCAGUAAAUAUUCUUCAACAAGUCCAAUUGAAGAAGAUGCAUUAUAUCAAAAGAAUUCUUACUUAUUAAGUCCGAGAAUACGACGCAAGCAGUUCGACAUCACAAAAUCGCCGGCAUACAAGGAAAUAUACGCACAUAAUUUAAGAUUGUACAGUGCUGUUCUUGCUAAGCAAAUCGCCUCGACCAGUCAAGUUGGUAAAGAAAUGGAUGACAUACGUCGAAACAGAAUUAAGCAAAAAGCUCUCAAUGUUGAUGCGUCGAAAUUUUCGCGCUCAAACAGCUCUGCUGGAGAGUUGACACGACCGACGAAAAUGACAAAACAAUCCGACAUUGUUGCUACAGAGAACGGCACACGAAGCCGUCGUUCGAACAGUGCCGGCGCUGAUUUUCUUCGCACAGAUAUCAAACAAGCUUUAAAAGCCAGAAGUCAAGAAGAUCUGCUUUCAACAUUUGAAGAGAAAACAACAACCGACGAGGAAGCGACAACCGACGAAAGAAUUCCAACGCCAUCGGACUCGGAGUCGGAAAUAGAAGACGUCAAGCUUCGAACGAUUUCUGUGUUAGAAAAGACGGAAGCUGAUAAAAAGGUUUCAUCAACAAGCGACAAUUCAAAACCGAGAAGUCGAGCAGCGACACUUCGAACCGAAAAUUUACGAAAAAAACUCGCCUCAUUUGACGUGACGAUGGAUCAAACGAGCGAAUUUCUCGCUAAAGUCAAAACAAUAAGUAAAUCGUAAGAUGAAAACAAAUAGAAGUAAAGGGAAGUAAUUUUAAAAGCGGACUUUCCGUUCAUUGUGAAAACGGUGUACAACAUAACUCAACGACAAUACUCGGUUCACUGUUUCAUGCAGGACAUUGUAACAAUAACCAAUUACGAAAAUGUCGUUUUUUGUCGGAAGAUGUCAGAACGCAUCACGAUAGUUUUUCAGUCACGCAUGAUGUUACUUGUGGAUGAACAUAACAAAAUUAAAAGCGAGAAAAAAUUAAUAUAUUUAUCAUGUAUAUAAUAAUUUGAAUAUUAAGUUUCUUUCACAACAUUGUUAUUGAUACCCCUUCUCAAAUGAAAUUUAUUUAUCUGACCUGAGAAAUGUGAAUCACCUCACCAGAAAUAGAAUAACUUAGUAACACCCGCAACUUUAAGGCUAUUUCCACGUUCAGUUA